GCCCAUAAACACGCAGUCUUAGAUUGGAUCCAUUUUCUAAAUCUAACCCUAACACUCUAUAAUUCCCUCUUUCUUUUCCUUUUCCUCAUUCUUUCUUACCAACUUCAAUUUCAUUUCACUGCACUCUCCACACAACUCUCUCUCUAUGUGGAUGUAGAUGAAAAAUCACUUCAACAAGAACAUGAAUCAUAUACACAAAGAUAGCAACAAGGAAAAGAUAUAAGAAUCACAAGACAACACAACAAUUCUAGUAUUCUUUGUAUAUCUAUUAUUGCAAAGGAAAGUUUCAUCAUCAACUUCAUUGAAGAAAGAGUAUUCAUCUCUCAUCAUAUAUCAAUUAAUGGAUCAAAUAACAUCACAUGGCCAUUCACUUCCUCCACCUUUCCAUACAGCAAGAGAUCUUCAUCUUCACCAUCAACACCAACAGCAACAGCAACAACAGCAGCAGCAGCAGCAACACCAUCAAUUCCACACUUUACAGCAACAACAUACCACAGAUCAAGAUGAACAAAGCGGAAGCAGCAGCGGCGGAGGACUCAACCUCACAAACCGUGAAGAAAACAGCAAGUUCAACGCCGAUUUCAACGCGAAACUAGAAUCCGGAGGAGGUUCCGGUGGCGAUAACGAUUCAAUGACAAGAAGACCAAGAGGAAGACCAGCCGGAUCCAAAAACAAACCAAAACCACCAAUCAUCAUCACACGUGACAGCGCAAACGCCUUGAAAACUCACGUGAUGGAAGUCGCAGACGGUUGCGACGUCGUUGAAAGUGUCAACAACUUCGCUAGACGCCGUCAGAGAGGCGUUUGCAUCAUGAGCGGAACCGGAACAGUCACCAACGUGACACUGAGGCAACCGGCUUCACCUGGAGCUGUAGUAACUCUUCACGGACGGUUCGAGAUUUUGUCGCUGGCAGGAUCGUUUCUUCCUCCGCCGGCUCCGCCUGCUGCUUCUGGUUUGACUAUAUAUUUAGCCGGCGGACAAGGACAGGUUGUUGGCGGAAGUGUUGUGGGUGCUUUGAUUGCUUCUGGACCUGUUGUUAUCAUGUCUGCUUCUUUUAGUAACGCUGCUUAUGAGAGACUUCCUUUGGAAGAUGAUGAUGGUUCUUCUUUGCAACAACUUCAAGGUGGUGGUGGUGGUUCUCCAAGUGGUGGUGGUGGUGGUGGUGGCGGUGGUGGAGUUCAACCUACACAGCUUUUAGGAGAUUCAACUGCUCCACUUUUUCAAGCUAUGCCUCCUCCUCCAAAUUCUAAUCUUAAUCCUAAUCUUCUCAAUUCUGUUCAGAUGCCUUCUGAUAAUUUCUGGCCAACCGGUCGAUCUCCGUAUUGACGACACGGCGAAUGAGGUUUAUUUCUUCUCGUAUUCGAAUUUGCUUUCAUUUCUUUAGAUUUUGUGUGUCAUUUUGAAUAUUAUAUUAGGUUGUAGAAGGUGAGUUAAUUUAUGUUUGAAUUUGAGACUGUAAUUAAAUUGAUGCAUCCUUAUUCUAUUCUAUCUUGCGUGAGUUUGUUUAAUUUGAUUCUGUAUUUUGUGAUGGAAUGGAAUCUCAAUAAAUGGUGCAUUUAUGGUGAAUGAAACAGUACAAGUUAGUAACUAGUACGAGGAAAGAACUCUCAAAGAACAGACAGCAAGUGUUUUCAAAGGUAUUCUGUUGUUUUUGUACCUUUGAUCAUGCAUUCACUUGGUCAAGUGAUGUUUGAAAACUCACUUUUGCAUGUUAUUAUUAUUCGAUGCAUUUUUGUGAAUUCAAGGUGAAGUUUUCUUCAUUUUAUUAUUCAACAUAGAAAACUUCUUUCAAGAGAAUGUGUAAUUGAUCUAGGUUAUACUUUGAUUAUUAGAAUUAAAAUAAAAAAGUGAAAAUAUAUAUAAAAAUUCAAAAGAUGUUGCAAUUGUCUUCUUUAAAUAAAGUGAGAAUCUAGUGUAAGAUUUUCUUUGACAAAAGGAUCUAAUGUAUGAUAAUAAAUGUUACUACCAUUUUCUUUAUAUGUAAUUAUAAUAAAAUCUCCAAGAAGUUAUAACAAUUAUUAUUAUUUAUAUCAAAAUACUUUUAUUUUAAUAGGGAAGUAAAUUAUCUUUCUUCUUCAAGGAUUGGAGUAGUUAAGAUAUAUAAACUCUUUACCAUUUAAUCGUAAAUUUAAGAAAAUGUUUCAAAUUGUUAGCAUAUAAAAUAAACAAACUUCAACUUAUAUUAGUAAACUUAAUUAUCAGAUGUAUCUUAGAAUUAUUAAUGCGACUUUGUCUCCUAAUUAAUGAUCGGAGUGGUAGCAAGGGUGCAUCUGAAUCUUUGUGUAAUGAUGAAUGUGUUGCAUUUUUCUCUUUUAUUGCUCAAAUGUAUUUGUUGGGUCUUUCUCUUCUGGAUAGAAAGUUUACUUGAUUUCAACCUUAUAGUGGAAUAGUUAGUAGACUUGGUCCUAUUUUUCAUCUCUAAGGGAUGGUGGAGCUUAUGGGGGAUUGUUUCUCAAUGGACUCUCCCAAGAGAUGCUUCUGACCAUUGCCCUAUCAUCUUAAAGUAUGAUAACGAGUAUAGGGCAAAACUUUUUCGGUUUAAUAAUCAUUGACUAUCUCAUGCUCAGUUUUCUGAUCUAGUUCUGAAUUCCUGAUUCACUUCUCUAAAUGAGGGUUGGAAGGCUUUUGCUUGUAUGGGUAAGUUUAGACCCCUUAAGCUCACGCUCAAAGAUUGGAAUAAGUGUGUGUUUGGAGACUUGGAUACUAAGAUUGAGACUCUCUCAUGAAUGUUGUGUCUAAUCUGGAUUUGUUAGCCGAUAAUAAUUCUCUUUCUACGAAGGAGUUAUAUAUCAUAUCUAAAUCCAUUACUGAUCUUUGGUAUAAGCUUAGGGUGAAGUAUUCUCAAUUGAACCGAAGAGCUAGGGAUAAAUGACUUAAAGAAGGUGAUAGAAACUGUGAUUUUUUUCCAUGCCUCGAAUUAAAUGUAGGAACAGAAGAAUGUUAUUCAUCCUAUUAAGAAAGUCGAGGAUUGAUUGAGGGAUGGUUGAGAAUCAGCAGGAGGUUGUCUCAUUUUUUCUGAAAGGUUUAAAUAACUGGAGGUUGUGCGCCCUUGGCUUGACGGGGUGUCCUUCAGAUCCCCCUUUGAGGGGGAUAAUGUGGCCCUAACAUCUCCUUUCUAGCUUGAGGAAUUAUAUGGGGUGGUGUCCUAGUGUAAUGGGGAUAAAAGUCAGAGGCAUGAUGGUUUCAACUUUUCAUUUUGUAAGAGGUUUUGAAAUCUUUUGAGGCAGAUUUGGGGGAUUAUGUUUGAUGAGUUUCACUUAUUUGUUUCUUUUCCUUAUAGUUUCUCCCAUUUUUUGUGACUUUCAUUCGUAAAAUUAAGAUUCUCGCUACUUUUGGUGAUUUUCGACCAACUUAUUUGGUUAGAUCCCUUUAUAAGCUCGUAGCGAACAUUCUGCCUAAGAGGUUGGGAGUGGUGAUGAACAAGAUGAUUUGCCCCAAUCAUUGAGCUUUCCUAAAAAGGAGAAUGUUAUUCAAUGGGGUCAUGGAGGUUAAUGAGGUUAUUGGCUUAUCUAAGCUAACCAAGAAGGCUUUCCUUAUUUUCAAAUUAGAUAUUGAGAAGGCAUUUAGUUUAGUGAGCUGGAGAUUUCUGGAUUAUAUUCUUACCAGAUUCAACUUUGAUAAGUAGAGAUCCUGGAUCAAAGUUUGUGUCUUUUCCCACAACUUAACCAUGGUGGUAACGGUUCCCCAACUCUUGAUUAAUAUUCAAAUAAAGUUGAAGAAGAGAGAUCCCCUAGCCCGUAUUCUCUUCCUCCUUGUGGCUGAAGAACUUAGUGGAUUAAUUCAACAGGCUUCUAAUCUUAGCCUUUCUACUGGAUUUUGGACCCUCUGACUUGAAGGACUCGCAUCUUCAGUAUGUUGAUGACACCUUAACCUUGGUUGAGCCUUUGGUCAAGAUUUUAUGGACUAUUAAAUCCAGAUUUAACGGUUUUGAGAUCAUCUCCGGUCUAGGGGUCGAUUUCCAUAAGAGUAUCCUGAUUGGUUUACAUGUUGACUCCUCGUUCCUCCAAAUCCCGGAGGAUUUUUUGUAUUGUAAGAUGAAUCUAUUCAGUUCCGGUAUCUUGGGUUUCCAAUUUGAGUUAAGCUGGAGAUGGAAUCAACUUGGGAACCUUUGUUAGAUCUGAUCUAAAAAAAUAUUUCCCACUUGGUCUCAUAAGUAUGUUUGUUUAUGGAACAUGGUUAUUCUUCUUUACUCAAUGCUUAAGGUUAUUCUUGUUUUCUUUCUUUCCUUUCUUAAUUUUCCUGUGAACGUGUGGAAAAAGUUAGUUAGGAUUCAAAUGAGAUUUCUUUAGGGAGGGGUGAAAGGGAUUUCUAAAAUUCCUUCAGUUAUAUGGUCGUAAGUUUGUGAGCCUAAAAAGUAUGGGGCCUAGGCAUUAAAGAUAUUCAACGGGUGAAUAUUGCUCUUCUCGCUAAAUGGAUAUGGAAAUUAUUAUCGGGUUCUAAGUUCCUCUACAAUCUCCUCUUGGUGUGCUAAUAGCUCAUCUGAUCGUCAAAUGAUCUCUUUUUGGUGGAAAGGAGUGUCUCUUCUCGAUUCCAAGAAAGAUGAUCAGUAAUUGGUUUGAACUUUGGUUAGGUAAGAAGUUUGGGUCUAGUCAUUUGACCUAUUUUUGGGAAGAUCCUUCGCUAGGCAGUAUUCAUCUCAUGAUCAUAUUUUAGAGACUUUUCUCUAUUUCUCAAAUUUCUAAAGGGAUGGUAGCUAAGGUUCGGAGGUGUGUUCAAGAGGUUAUGUCUUAGGACCUUAGACAAGGAACCAUUCUUCGUGCAUGAAGAACCACUUUUAGCAUAGUUCUUUUCAGUUCUCUAAGAGGUUCAUCUUAAUAUAGAGUUUGACAAGUGGUUUAGAGAUAUAAUAGAGAGCAACUGAUCCUUCUAUGUGUUUUAUAUUUAUCAUGCUUAGUCUAAUGUUAGUCCUAUCUCUAAGGAGGCUAAAGUGAAUGUUUUCCCAAUCCUCCCUCCAAUUUAGAAAAGUUGAUCCCCCUCGUAGGUGGUUUUUUUCCUGGAAACUUCUACCCGAUAUAUUUUGUCUAAGAAGAUUUUAUUCAAGAGGAAUGUUAUCAAUGAUAUUGACGGGACCUUAUGUGUUCUUUGUGGGAAUUAGAUUGAGUCGACAUCCCAUAUGUUUGUGACCAGUAGUUUAGUUUCCAAGGUUUAGUAUAGAGUCUUUAAGUGGUUAUGGGUUCUUUCGAUUUUUCGUAGGGAUGUUAUAUUACUUUUUGAAUUUUUCCUUUCUCUAAGUCCUAAGGCUAAGUUUAGGAGUAGGUUCAUUAUGAUUUGGCAUUUAGUGAUAUGGACUAUCUGGGUUGUCUGAAAUGAUAAACUUGUUGCCGGUUCGUCAACAAAUGUGAAAGAGGUGAAGAAUAAGAGUUUUUGGCUUGGAGUUGGUUUUUUAGCAGAUCACCUCAGACCCCUCUCUCCUUCAAUGAUUUACUUCAGAACUCUAUCAUGUAUCUGAAUCAAUAGCGGAUUGAGGGUCUAGUCUGGCUCAUUGGCUUGUAGUUUUUUUUUUUUGGAUUUUUUGGUGGUUUUUGUUCAUGGUUGUGGGUUUGGUGGUUGCGCACUAGCACGACUCUUGCUGGGAGGUGGCCUGUUAAGGGUGUAACAGCUGAUUUUUCCUAUUUUCUUUUGUCAUGUUUUAUUAAUCGAUGGUUGUUGUAGCUUCUUUUAUUCUUCUUUUUGUCUUUAUCAUUGUGUUGUGCUACUGUUUUUGUGGGUUCGACACUUCGUGUUUCCAAUGACCAUUUCUAUUUUUUGUGGCUUUUAUGUUAUCUAUUUAUAAUUUAGUAUUUGACUAUUAAAAAAAAUUAUUUACAGUAUUCAAAAUAUAAAACUAAAUUUUUAGAUAUGUAUUUUAAAAGUAUAAAGAAUAAAAUAUUGCUCAUGUUAUCUAGUUUUUUCUAUUUAUUUUUUUUGGUUUUAAGGAGGGGAUAGGUAUUUUUAGAAGAAAAAUAAUAAAGUGGAAAUAAAAAAGGUUUUGGAAGA